GUUUGUCUGCAGCGAAGUUAUUGCAUGAUUCAGGAUUGGAUGUUGUAGUCUUAGAAGCCCGAGACAGGGUUGGAGGCAGAACUUACACAGUAAGGAAUAAGCAUGUCAAGUAUGUUGACUUGGGAGGAGCAUACGUGGGACCCACACAAAAUCGUGUUUUACGGCUGUCUAAGGAGUUAGGACUUGAGACUUACAAAGUGAAUGAAGUUGAGCAUCUUAUUCAUCAUGUCAAUGGCAAAUCUUAUCCCUUCAAAGGGCCUUUCCCUCCAAUGUGGAAUCCCAUUAUUUAUUUGGACUACAACAAUCUAUGGAGGACACUGGAUGAAAUGGGGAAAGAGAUUCCUACUGAAGCUCCAUGGAAAGCACCACAUGCAGAGGAAUGGGACAAAAUUACCAUGGAACAGUUGCUAGAUAAAGUGUGCUGGACAAAUGCUGCCAAGAGGAUUGGUACUCUGUUUGUGAAUGUUGAUGUUACCUCUGAGCCACAUGAGGUUUCCGCUCUCUGGUUCUUGUGGUAUGUUAAACAGUGUGGAGGUACAACCAGAAUAUUUUCAACAACCAACGGAGGCCAGGAGAGGAAGUUCAUUGGAGGCUCUGGACAAAUUAGUGAAAAAAUUAUGGAAUAUCUGGGGAAACGAGUUAAAUUAGAGAAGCCUGUAUCCUAUGUUGAACAGACUGGUGGAAACGUCAUAGUAGAAACAUUGGACCAUGAGAGAUAUGAGGCCCAGUAUGUUAUUAGUGCCAUUCCUCCUGUGCUUAGCUUGAAGAUUCAUUUUAAUCCUCCUUUGCCUUCAAUGAGGAAUCAGAUGAUUAAUCGGAUUCCUAUGGGUUCAGUGAUCAAGUGUAUAGUAUACUACAAGGAUGCAUUCUGGAAGAAAAAAGAUUUUUGUGGUUCCAUGAUUAUUGAAGAUGAGGAUGCACCAAUUGGGUUGGCAUUAGAUGACACCAAACCCGAUGGAAGCUUUCCAGCCAUAAUUGGUUUCAUCCUUGCCCGGAAGUGUAGAAGACUGAUUAAUCUCACCAAGGAAGAAAGGAAAACACAGAUCUGUGAGCUCUAUGCAAAGGUGCUGGGAACACAAGAAGCCUUACAUCCAGUGCACUAUGAAGAGAAGAACUGGUGUGAAGAGCAAUAUUCUGGAGGAUGUUAUACAGCUUAUUUUCCACCAGGGAUAAUGACCCAGUAUGGAAGGAUUCUUCGUGAGCCAGUUGGGAGGAUUUUCUUUGCAGGUACUGAAACAGCUUCAGAAUGGAGCGGCUACAUGGAAGGUGCUGUUCAGGCUGGAGAAAGAGCAGCCAGAGAGGUACUACACUCGAUGGGAAGAUAUUCAGGAGAAAUAUGGAAAUCAGAAUCAGAAUCACCUGAUGUGACAGCCCUGCCAAUAACUACAACAUUUUGGGAAAGGAACUUGCCUUCUGUUCCUGGACUACUGAAAUUGAUGGGGUUCUCUAUUUUCUUUACAUCAGUGGCUGCAGCUGGGCUCUUUGCCUAUAAAAAGGAUCUCUUAGUGCGAAACUGAGAACAGAUGUGCUAAUAGGAAACGAUACAGUUUGGUCUGCAAAUUUAUAUACAU